AUGGACGGGGAUAUUAUUGAAACAGAUUCUGGUCAAGAGGCGACUGAAGUGGUCAAGAAGAGACAUAUUAUCUCAGUGCCCUAUAUUCAACAGUGCUACUCCUGGGACUGUGGUCUGGCAUGUGUGUCCAUGAUACUCAGGAUGUUUGGUGAGCCCUGUGAUGAUGUGUACACUAAAGACUUGGAUUCCCUGCAGUGUGGAGAGAGUGUUUGGACCAUAGAUUUGGCCUAUAUUCUCAGCCGACACAAUGUCCGGUCAUGCCUGUACACAGUCACUUUGGGUGUCAAUGCUGACCACUUCAACAAGCUCUUCUACCAGAAACAUUUCUCCGUGGAUGAAAUCCGCGUCAAUGACAUGUUCAGCAAGGCUUCACAGAAUGGUGUUCUUGUCCAAAAGAGAAGUCUGUCCAUAGAUGAGCUGAUCCAGCACUUGCAGGACAACAACCCCAUCAUCUCACUUGUAGACUGGACACUGAUGAACUGCUUGUGGUGUGAUAGUAAGGUGAGAAAAUGCUGGUCAUGCAUCACUUGUAACCAAGGACCUUAUCAGGGUCACUUUGUUGUGGUUGUGGGCUAUGACAAACAGAAAGAUUUGAUAUUCUACACAAAUCCAGAUGGCAGAAAUCAUGAAGUGUGUGCUAUCCAGACUGAUCGAUUCCAGAAGGCAAGAUUGAGUGAUGGAACUGACCAGGACACAUUAUUUGUGUACAAUCAGAAGUUUAAAGGGUCUGUCAGUAGCUGCGGAGAUGAAACCACAGAAGGUGCCGUGACAGAGAACUGA